GGUGCUUCCGUUUCUCCGUCAGCAUGGGCGGCGCGAACAUACCUGCACCGUCGUCCACUUUCGGUCCCCAUUCUUGCUCUUUCUGCCAAAAGCUGCCAGGCCGCUGCCUUGGUCAGGAGUGCGCAUACUUGUCUUGGUUGAUUGCAAGUUACGACUGUAAGAAGCAGGCGGGUCCGUUCCGUUGCGGCUCUUGCAUCUUCACGGCGCGUCGACCAGACAGCAUCUUGGCAGCAGGCUUUUGAGCCGUUUUAAAGUUCGAGCUACCCUUUCUACUUAACAGGUUGCGAAAAUGGCCGCCGCUGCCGAGCAGAAGUCUAGCCCUCUGUCGAAGUCCGUGUUCACGGAGCUUUACACGAGUGGAAUCAGUGUUGCUUGCGCCAACACUGCGACGAACCCUCUCGAUGUGGUCAAGGUCCGUCUGCAGCUCGCCCGCAACCAGCUGGCUACUGGGCAAAAGCCUCCCGGCAUGGUAGCAACUGGCUUGGGCGUGAUCAAGAACGAGGGUGUCCUGGCCCUGUGGAGUGGCCUUGGACCAUCUCUGGCUCGUGGCAUCUUCUUUGGCGGUGCUCGCCUGGGCUUGUACACACCCAUUAAGUUCCUCAUUUGCGGCGACAACGCCAAGCCUUCCUUCGAGAUGAAGGUGCUGUCGGGCUCGCUGAGCGGUGGCCUGGCUGCGGCCGUGACCUCACCCAUUGAGCUGAUCAAGACUCGUCUGCAGGCGGCGGGCAAGGACCCCAACGCCCAGAAGUCGAGCAUGGGCGUCAUCCGCGCUGUCGUUGCUGCUGAUGGCGUUGCCGGCCUGUGGAAGGGCGCCAUGCCCGGCCUGAUCCGCUCGGCCAUCCUGACGGCGGCUCAGUGCGCCACCUACGAUGAGGUCAAGCGCGUUGUCCGGCAGACGACCGGGUGGGGUGACGGUGUGUCGCUGCACCUGUCGAGCUCUAUGAUUGCCGGUCUGGUCACCACGACCAUCACGAACCCCAUUGAUGUGAUCAAGACCCGCAUGUUCGUUGGUGGCAAGACCUACAGCGGCCCGAUUGCUUGCGCCGCCCACGUGAUGAAGUCUGACGGUCUGAUUGGGUUCAUGAAGGGUUGGUCUGCUAGCUAUGCUCGCCUGGGCCCCCACACCGUCAUUAUGUUCCUGACUGCCGAGCGCCUGCGCAAGUACGCCGGUCUGCAGAGCCUGUAAGCAAGCACCGCUGCCUGCUGGCAUGAUGGUUGGCGCAGCGUUACUGUGACACUCGGACCGGCUUGGUUAGAAUGCGGGGAGUCGCUGCGGGGCUUACCAACAUGGGAGCUUAGAUGUGCUUGACUAGGAAUGUGCGGCGGUAUAUGGGGUGUUGAUACCGCCAUUUCCACCUUUUUAAGCGGUGGGAUGUUGACGGAAAUGAACUGUAGUACUCUUCGGGUGCUUUUCGCUGUGGCCGUGGUGCUGCGGUGAUGACGUCUUGCAUAGUGUGGUGCUAGCGUUGGGCGCGGCGCCUGCGCCUGUGUCUUGUACCGUUUACUUUGGCAGGUUUUGCAACGGAUAGAACGCGGAAGUGUGACAUGUCUUGUGGUCAGCUGCACGGUGGAUGUGUUCAGCUGGCCUGUAUUAUUUGGCUUGGGAGCGUGAUCCCUCCGUGCCAGAAAUUGCACUGCGCGUUUGAAUGUCCUGCUUGCCCUGUUCUGUUGCUUGUGCACGAUAUUUAAAUCCGCGCACGCCGUUCAUAGCUUUCAACCGGAUUUGUGGGAACAUGUCCCAUGCAGACGGCGGUUGCGUGAAUGCUUUCCAUGUGUGUCUGAUCACCGCUUUUGGGCUUGGUUAUUGCUCCCUGGGCGCGUGAGGUGCGCCAUAGGAAGCUAAAUGUUUCGCUGGUUGGCGGUAAUAAUCUGAACAUUAGGGUAGCCAGUCCCCUGCGGUCUGUCAGGGUAAUUAUUGCGCCCAGUGGUUCAGGCUGGUGGAAGAGAAGAUUAGGUUUUUUUUAUCAAGGACUGUCGCAGGGAGCAGUAUAGGGCGGUUAACACCCUAAGGACAUUUGCCUAGGGUGAGCUUAAACCUCCAUGCAAUAAUACUGUCCCA